AUGUGUCGUUACAGGCUGCUGAACGCCAACAGGAUCUCCUGCUUGAGGAGGGACGCCUUCACCGACCUGCGGAGCCUCAACCUGCUGUCCCUGUACGAUAACAACAUCAAGACCAUCCAGAAUGGCACCUUCGACACCCUCAGCAGCAUCCAGACCUUGCACCUGGGCCGGAACCCGUUCGUGUGCGACUGUAACAUCCAGUGGCUGUCAGACUACCUGGAGGUGCACCCCAUCGAGACGUCGGGCGCCCGCUGCGAGAACCCGCGCUGGCUCCAGCGGAGGAAGCUCAACGCUCUCAGUGACGAGCGUCUCAAGUGCACGGAUGGGACGGUAUCGCUGUACGCCGGGGAGUGCGUGACGGCGGAGGAGUGCCCCAGGGGCUGCACCUGCAGGGGCACCACCGUCGACUGCACCGCCGGGGGCCUCAUCCACCUCCCGGACACCCUGCCACCGUACACCACCGACCUGCUGCUCUCUGAUAACGAGAUCCGUGAAGUGGGUGUUGCUGGUGUCCUCCGUCAGCUUUCCCGGCUACGGCGCCUUGUGCUCUCCAACAAUCAUCUGCGACACAUCACGCGCGGCUCCUUCCAGGGCGUCCAGUCCCUCCAUGAACUAGACCUGUCAGACAACGAUCUAUCAGAGGUCAACAGUCGUAUGUUUGAUGGACUUCCAGAGCUAAGAGCACUGUCACUAGCAGACAAUAAAGUGACUUGCAUCUCACCAGGAGCCUUCAGUCAAUUGCCUGCUCUUACAGAGAUAAAUCUGGAGGGCAACCCUCUUCGAUGUAAUUGUCACAUGGGCUGGCUGGCAGAGUGGUUGCGGUCUCAGAGGUCAACCACGGGCGUACCAAAGUGCCAGUCCCCACCACACCUGCGAGAUAUACUUAUCACCGAGGUUCCAAGCUCACAGUUUGCAUGUGAAGGCGAUGAACCAGGCUGCUUUGGGGUUGAGGAACGUUGUCCUCCUGAGUGUAGAUGUGAGGGCACUGUUGUUCGUUGCUCUCGGGCAAGGCUACGACAGAUUCCGAAGGGCAUUCCAUCUCAUGCUACUGAACUAUACUUGGAUGUGAAUGAAAUUACCGAGUUGGAUGCAGACAGACUUUCACAUUUGACAGCCCUAACUAGAUUAGACUUGAGCAACAACCAGAUCGCUGUACUACAAAAUAACACAUUUGCCAGCCUUCAUCAGCUCUCCACACUCAUUGUAAGCUACAACAAACUACAGUGCAUGCAAAGGGACUCGUUGGCAGGGUUGCGGAAACUUCGCAUAUUAUCUCUUCAUGGGAAUGAUAUUUCAAUGAUCCCUGAUGGUGCAUUUCGUGAUCUUGUCUUCAUUACACAUAUAGCAAUGGGAGCAAAUCCACUUUAUUGUGAUUGCUCUUUGGCAUGGUUUUCGGACUGGGUAAAAGGUGAUUUUGUGGAACCUGGAAUUGCGCGGUGUGCUGAGCCUCCAUCUAUGAGGGAUAAACUUGUACUUACUACUCCAACACAGUCCUUUAAGUGUGUUCCAAAGGUCCCUGAUGAGGUACUUGCCAAGUGUGACCUGUGCUAUACGCAUCCUUGUGAGAAUGGUGCUACUUGUCGCCCCCUUGCCAACCGCAGCUAUGAAUGCAAUUGUGCUCCAGCUUUCUAUGGGCCAAACUGCCAGUAUAAGAUAGAUGCUUGUUAUGGCAAUCCUUGCAGGAAUCUGGGUACCUGCAAGAUUCUUGAAGCUGGCCGAUUCAGCUGCCACUGCCCUCCUGGAUUUGAGGGUGACCGAUGUGAGGUCAAUAUAGAUGACUGUGCUGGAAACAAGUGUGAGAACAAUUCUACAUGUCUUGACCUUGUGGAGGAGUACAGGUGUCAGUGCCACCCUGGUUACACAGGUGACUACUGUGAGCGUAAGAUCCCCUUCUGCACCAAAGAAUUUAAUCCCUGUAAAAAUGGAGCCACGUGUGUCGAUCACUCAACUCACUAUGAGUGCCAGUGCUCUCUGGGAUAUACAGGCGAGAACUGUACCGUGAACAUUGACGACUGUGCCAACCAUUUGUGUCAGAAUGGUGCAUCAUGUGUAGAUGGAGAAAAUGAAUACACAUGCAAGUGCAUUAAUGACUACACGGGGAAGUUCUGUGAAGUCGGCCCGGCAGUGUUCCUUCAGACUUCACCCUGUCAACAGAAUGACUGUCAGAAUGGCAUUUGUUUUGUUCCUCCAAACUCAAAAGAUUAUGUGUGCAAAUGUUCUCCAGGUUUUUCAGGAAAACACUGUGAGUAUCUAACUCGGGUUCAUUUUGGUACCAAUGACUCUUAUCUUGCUCUGGAGCCUCUUAGAACCCGUCCCACAUCCAAUGUGACUCUUCACUUCCGAACUAACCAAGAAGAUGGAGUGCUACUCUACAUAGGAGAGUCGGCACAUCUUGCAGUGGAGCUGUUUAAGGGUCGCAUCAGAGUAUCUUUUGAUGUGGGAAAUUAUCCAGUUUCCAACAUGUUCAGUUAUGAGGUUGUAAGUGAUGGAGAGUGGCAUUCUGUUGAACUGCUGACUAUUAAGCAGAACUUCACAAUGCGUAUAGAUCGGGGUACUGCACGCUCAAUAAUAAAUGAUGGAUCUAAUGAAUACCUUCAGGUCUCUUCACCCCUCUAUAUUGGUGGUCUUCCCAAGGAAGUGGCACAGUCUGCCAACAGACAGUGGCAUCUACGGGACUCGGGAAGCUUCAGUGGUUGUAUGGAAAGAAUGUAUCUGAAUGGUCGUCUUACGGAUCUUGGCUCUGGGCAGCAGCACAAGGUUGCCCCUGGUUGUGGUGGUGAGGAGACUGUCAGAGAUCAGGGUCUUAACGGGAUUGACCAGCACAUGUUAAAACCUACGCACCGGCUUGGAGCUAAAGAAGAGGAAUGUCAUCACAAUAACUCAAUUGCUAAUGAAGUUCAGAUACACCCACCUGCCCUAGAAGAGGAGCACAAGGAAGAAGAUAUAACUCGGGUUGAUCCAUGUGAAAAUCACAAGUGUCGUCGUGGACGAUGCAAGCCCAAGCGCAAAGCAGAUGGAUUUGAUUACAAGUGUCGCUGCCGAACUGGAUGGUCUGGAAGGUUUUGUGAUCAGGCUCCAACAUGCCGUAAGGAACAAUUCACCGAGUACUAUGUAGAGAAUGGAUGCCGUUCAAGGAAGCCCAUAAAAAAUGCCAUCUGCAGUGGCACAUGUGGCACGCACUGCUGUAAGCCACGCAGGACAAAGCAGCGCCAGGUUCGGCUUAUUUGUAAUGAUGGAACGUCUUACAAAAAAGAGAUUGAAAUCAUCAGGAAAUGUCGCUGUCGUAGACGAUGUUACUGAAGCAAAAAGUUAUAAAAUCAAUCGAAGAUUGAUGGAAUGCUAGUAUAGUAUACUGGUAAGAAAAUCAAGCAUCUAUUAUUGAAGAAAGCCUGUGUUAUAUCAGUAGAGAGAGAGAGAGAACAUUGUGAACAUAAACAUGUGUGUAGUGAGAGAAUACUACUUAAGCUAUGAAAGUGACAAACAGUAGAUUGACCAAGUUCUUCAGGAGAUAAGCAUGGUAUCCAGGGAGGCAUAACUAUAUAUAAGGUUCAACCUGAGGCACUGAAAAGGAUGGUAGUGUUAUUAUAAUAUUAUAAAUGUAGCAAAUCAUGAUUAACCUCCUACAUAUCUCCGUGUCCGUGAACCAAACCAGUAAAUGUACAUUUCUUUUGAUCGUAAUGUUUGAUUAUGUAACAUAGAAACAGGCUGAUUCAGAUAAUGGUAUCUGCAAGGAGAAGUGACCUCAUUGAAUAGUAAGGUCGUUGCUGUUAUAAACACUCCUAGAGGAGACCUAACCCUUGCUAUAUAAACAUUCAUGAUCAAAAGUGUGCAACUUUGCAUAUUUGGUUAGAGCCAGUGAUGUCACAAUAGUCUGAAUCUAUGUGCAACUGUAUUUUAUAACUAAACUUGGGAAAAGUUGAAAAUCUACUUGUAUAUGUGGUCAAGCAACUGUUAAUCAGUGGUGGAAUUCAGCUUUUCUGUAGUUGCUGUAACAGUUUGUAUUGACAUUUGGUUGAUGGUUCUUUGAGCAGAAUCUUGGCAUCGUUGUUUCUGCAUUAGGAGAUGGAUUCAGCGGUGUAAUGCAUGUGUAGCUAUCUACAGUUUUGAGAUCAGCAUAGUAGAUAUACACCUCUCGCCCCCCCCAACUACUUACCUCAUAAGCCGUUGUGUUAAUUAUCCGUUGCAGCAUGCAAUGUGUGUCAUAUAUCAAAAUAUGUGUAAUGUUUACAUAGCUAAUGUAAGUCAUAUGGAAUUUACCGGGAAUUUCAUUUGAAACUUCACGGAGACUAAACUCUUAGCAUUGAAACAGAUUCAUAAACUAUUACUAUUAAGUUUCAGGAUGUACAUAGUGAUAAAUUGUAAUUUAGUUCAGAUAAAUAAUUUUAUGAACUGUAUGAUAAUUUUAUGAAAGGCUUUAUUGUAAAGUAUGACUGCACUUUUGUUGCAUGUAAAUUAUCAUGUCAAAGUCCCUCUCUUGUUUCUGUGUGCUAUUAAAUUAUUUCAUAUAAAGUAUCUCAUAAUUCAUAAGAAUCUCAAGGUAAAUUUUCUAACCUAUUAUAAACUUAUAAUCAUUUAUAUUUUGUACAGAAGAUAUGACGUAUCAUAGUGCUGACGUAGUUCAGAGCGUUCCCAUAUGUAGGCUAGUAAAGUAAAUAUCUAACCAGGGUAGACAAGCAGGAGAUACAUAUUAAUGGCAUAGAGCUUUAUCAAAUACUAAGCAAUAUAUAAGGUUGACCUUGUUGCGCGGUGUGAACAUUUCAUUAUAUAAAUAUGUUAUAUGACAUUUCAGAAUUGAUGUAAAUUAACUUAUUGUAAUGAACUCUGUAUGUAUUUCAUUUAAUAAUUUUGUCAAGAAACUACAUACAGUAAUUAAUUUAACAUGUGAACCGAAUGUCAGACAUUGUUUUCACAAUUGAAAGAUAAAUGACUAAUAUCCAUAAUAUUUAGAGGACUAUACAUACUGUAAGUCUCCUCAAUCUCUCAUCCAUUGGUAGGAUAGAUACAAUUGCUUCAGCAACCUUUGUGCCAUAUCCUCUGUGGGGCAGCCAAGGUCAAGCUGGGUCAUAAAGUGAGGUAAGCUUUACUACAAGUUCCUACUAGAAAUCAUGUCCUAUUAUUUUUCUGAAUAUAAAUUGCUUUAAUAGCAAAGAAACUUUGAUAGCCUGCAUCAUCUGAGUACUGUAUUGCAUAAUGUUUACAGGAAGCUUACCUCAGCCAGCGUUGAACAAAUUACGGAACGUAAGUAUUAUGAUCUCGCCAGCUACGAUGCCCUAUUGCUUCCCAUUUGUAUAAAAUGUCUCCUUAAGUGUUGCUUAGUUUAAAGAAAGGCCAAAUAUAUAGGCAAGUGACACAGUGGUACCAUUUCCUUCAUUUUAAACUUGAAGGUAAAUUAUUUUAAAAAUUACUAAAAGUUAAUGGUGUGUGUGUACAUAGAAUGUCCUCCAAUCCUCUCCUUUCACUUCUCUCCACUCACUCCCCUCUUCUCACUUCACUUGUCUGCUCCCUGAUCUCCCCUUAUUUCCCUUUGUUCCCUCCCUUAUCUCCCUCUGUCCCCUCCCUUAUCUCUCUCUGUCCCCUCCCUUAUCUCCCUUUCUCCCUCCCCUGAUCCCAUCCCAUCUGAGUCCACUCUCUCCUACAUUCCUUUUAAUUUCUCCUUUCACUCUCCUUCUCUCUCUCCCAAUGACAAAACAUAUGGAGCUGGGGAUGUGUAUCACACUGGACUGUUAAUAGUUAAGAGGAAGGACCCAGGAGCUGAAGCUCAACCCUUGUAAACACAGCUAAGCGAGUACACAUACACACACCACAGCAUACUAACUCUUACACGUAUUUAUUUGCAUGUGUAUGCACCAGUACACAUGUACACCCCUAACACACACACACACAUAAAUGAAUACAUAUACUGUGUACAGUACUGUAUAUUAAAAAAAUAAUUGCUGGAGAUAUGUUACUGAACAGGAGUUAUUUUUGUUAUUUUUGAAGGAAGUGGAUCCGAAGCAGACUCAUUCUUACUUUUGUAUAUAUUAAAGUUGUCCCAAUGAAGACAGAUAUAUAACCUGAUCAAGACAGGUAAACAUUGGACACACCCACAGUAAGAACAGACGGCGCAGGUACCACUGUGGUGCCUAACUGGCUCACUCAUUCACAUGACACUUAUAUUUCAGCUACAAUACUGUACCUAUCUGUGCAACCAUUUGAGAAAAAUUUGUAUAGAUUUUUCCUUGCAGCUUCAUUAUGUGAAAGGUUGCAUAAUAAUGAUCAUGGAAUUAGUGAUCUGACUCACUAGUUAAAACAAUUAUCUAAUACCACUCUCUGAGAUGUACAAAACUCCAGUCUUAAUACUAUAAACAUUAUUGUGUCU